CAUAUUUACUUACUAAAAAAAGUGAAUUAAAAUGGCUCAAUUAUUUUCCCACAUUGUUGUGGUUUUAUUAGUAAUGAUUGUUGUAUCAAUAGUUGAAGCUACUCCUCCUGGAAUAGCUAAUCAUCCAAGCCAUUCUCAUUGCUCUGAUGAUGAGAUUAAACAAUGCAAAAAUCUUCCACAUGUUUGUCCCAAAUUCUGUCCUAAUGGAUGUAUAACUGAGUGUCGUUCUUGUAAACCUAUUUGUAUCGAUGGCGCAUCGCCUUCGCCACCUCCUCCCUAUUACCCUCCUCCAUCAACAUCUCCAAAGAAAGUUAAGUGUAAAAGCAAAGACAAGAAAUAUGUCAAAUGUUACGAUCAAGAACAUAUAUGCCCUAGUACUUGCCCCGGUACUUGUCAAGUUGAUUGUGUAUCUUGCAAACCUGUUUGCAGUUGUGACAAGCCAGGAUCAGUUUGCCAAGAUCCACGUUUUAUUGGUGCUGAUGGAAUUACAUUUUAUUUUCAUGGAAAGAAGGAUAAAGAUUUUUGCUUAGUCUCAGACUCGAACCUUCACAUCAAUGGUCAUUUUAUUGGAAAACGAAAUGAAAACAUGAAAAGAGACUUCACUUGGGUUCAAGCUAUUGGUAUCCUUUAUGGUACUCACAAUAUCUCUAUUGAAGCACAAAAAACAGCAACAUGGGAUGAUACAAUCGAUCGUCUUUAUCUAAACAUUGAUGGUGAAUCUAUUCUUAUCCCAAACAAAGAAGGCGAAAGGUGGAUGUCUGAAUAUGGACCAACAACAUACAUAACUCGAACAAGCAACACGAAUGAAAUUGUAAUUGAAGUUGAAAACAUUUUGAAGAUUACAGCAAAGGUGGUGCCAAUUACAGAGAAAGAAUCGCGAGUUCAUAAUUAUGGGAUAACAGAAGAUGAUUGUUUUGCUCAUCUUGAACUUGGAUUCAAAUUUUUCGCGCUGAGUGAUGAAGUGAGUGGUGUUUUGGGACAAACUUAUAGAAGGAAUUAUGUGAGCAGAGUGAAAAUGGGUGCUUCGAUGCCUGUAAUGGGAGGUGAUAAAGAGUUUUCAGCUUCAGGAUUAUUUAAUGCUGAUUGCUCUGUGGCUAAGUUUCAAGCAGUAAAUGAAAUUAAUGAGGGAUCGUUGAAUAAUUUGGAGAUGCCUAGCUUGAGAUGCAACAGUGGAAUUUAUGGACGUGGAGUUGUAUGCAAGCGCUAGAAAUUAAACAUUAAUUGUUGCUCGUUAUUUACAAAAAUAAGGUUUUGAAAACCAAAAUAA